AUGGCCGACAGCUUUCGAAUCGGCUGGCUUCUUUUGCGACAGCUCUUUUCAACGAGAGCGAAGCCGGUGGGCACGCGGGAUUUCGAACCUGAGGUUGCUGCUGCAGGAUGGUUGGGAGGGGCCCGAUGGAUCGCGGUCGUCGAUGGGUGGGUGAUGGAGGAAGAUGCGCUGGUCGGAGAGACUUGCGCUGCGAUUGUUGGCCCGGCCGGCGUUUGUCCAGGCAGUCGUGCGGCGGAAGCUGACGUUCCGAUUGCUGUUGCACGGGAUGCAAACCGAGUUGCAGAGCGAUCGCGAGUUGAGCGUUGCACGGCAAUCGACGCUGGUGAUUGGAUGGCUGCUGGAGCUGGAGCUGGAGCUGGAGCUCUGGGUGCGCCAGGUGGUUGUCGAGCUUGUGCCGGCGACAACUUGGAGGUCCCUUGCGGUUGGCGAGAAGGCAGCAAAUGGGGUGCCCGGAGGGUCUGGAAAGGCACUGACUGGAACAGAAGCCGAACCACUCAACACCACGAAUUGACGAUCCAGAUGGCUGGUCCUAUGGGGAAGAGGGAGAUCUAA